AUGGCUGAUGCCGCCGCUGAGCCGCUCAUCGCCGGCAGCCCCGGCGUUCCGAGAGAAUACGACGAAGAUGUCGAUGUCGAUGUCGAUGAGAGCAAGCUGGUGAAGGCGGGGCGGUUCAUCUGGGUGCUUACGUUCUGCGCGGGCGUAUCGGGGCUGUUGUUUGGAUACGAGUACUCCCUCAUCACGUCCGCAACCUCCUUCUUCGCGCUCCUCGUCUCCCCGCUCUCGGGGGUGCUCGCCGACGCGCUCGGCCGCAAGACUGUCAUCCUCGUCGCUGAUGUUCUCUUCGUCGUCGGCGCGCUGUGGCAGGCUUGGACGACCAGCGUAUGGGGCAUGAUUGCGGGACGCGGCGUCGUCGGUGCCGCCGUCGGGAGCGCGAGCUUCGUGGUGCCGCUGUAUAUUGGGGAGUUAUCGCCGGGACCGUGGCGAGGGCGGAUGGUCACCAUCUCGAGUCUGCUCAUCACAGGAGGCCAGGUCGUGGCGUAUAUCGUGGGCUGGCUGUUUUCGACGAGAUUGCAUGGGUGGCGGUGGAUAGUAGGGUUGGGGGCUCUACCCGCGGCGGUGCAGUUUGGGUUGUUGUUUCUUAUGCCGGAGACGCCGAGGUAUCUUGCUAGAGUUGGGCAGAAAGAGAAGGCGAGGCGGGUCUUGAUGAGGGUGUACGAGGGGAGUGAGGGGGUGGAUGCGGAGAGGCUGGUGAGCAGUGUGCUUAGGCGGGUGGAGAGAGAGAUUAGGGAGGAGGAGGAUGCUGCGGGGGGGAGGGUGAUUGGGCCUGCUAAGCACGGCUGGGCUGCGAGGAUCGAGAGGGUGCAGGAUAAUUUGGGGCAGUUGAUUGGGAUCGGGGGGAAUAGGAGGGCGCUCAUCAUUGCGUGCAUGUUGCAAGGCGCGCAGCAACUUUGUGGCUUUAACUCCCUCAUGUACUUCUCCGCGACCAUCUUCUCCCUCGUCGGCUUCCGCUCGCCCACCCUAACCUCCCUCUCCAUCGCCCUCACUAACUUCGUCUCGACCCUUGCCGCCUUCGCCCUCAUCGACCGUCUCGGCCGCCGCCGCAUCCUCCUCCUCUCUAUCCCCGUCAUGGCCGCUGGCCUCGCCCUCUGCGCCGUCGCUUUCGCCUUCCUCGAUCUCCCCAUCGAGUCCAACUCCCACGACCACCGCCUCACCAUUCGAGAAGGAGAAGAAGCGGGAGCAAGCAUGUUCUUCCCCCUCCUCAUCCUCGCCUCCAUGCUCCUCUACGUCUCCUCCUACGCCCUUGGCCUCGGCUGCGUCCCCUGGCAGCAGUCCGAGCUCUUCCCCCUCUCCGUGCGCUCCCUCGGCUCGGCGCUCGCGACCGCCACAAACUGGGGCUCCAACACGCUCGUCGGGCUUACUUUCUUGCCGAUGAUGCAGGCAUUCACACCGACGGGGACGUUUGCGGUGUACACGGGGGUCUGCGUCGGUGCGUGGUGGGUGGUGAGGGGAAUUUAUCCCGAGACUGCGGGGCUGGGGUUGGAGGAUGUUGGGAAAUUACUCGAAAAUGACUGGGGUGUGCAGGAGAGUCUUAGGAGGUUCAAGAGGGGAAGG